UUUUGGAUUGAGCCAGCUAUGUGUCGAGAACCAACACGCCGGGUUUUACUAGUAUUUUUAAGUGAGUGCUGGUAACGCUGACAAGAUCAGAAAUUUGACUAGUAGUAGUACACCAUCUUAUCCACAAGUUGUCAAAUAAUAUUGAGAGUAACAACUACACACAACUGCUCGUCAAAAAGAGAGAAGCAACACCAACAAGAUGCGGCUUUGGAGCACGGGCACCAGUCUGGCCUUGCUUUUGCUUGGCACUUCCACCAUAAUAUCUGUCGAAGCCGUGGAUCACUCCAAGUUUCGAACAUGUGCCCAAGGCUCCUUCUGCCGAAGGUAUCGGAACUGGGUGGAGCUGAUGAAAAAUCCAGACUAUGGCUACUACAAAUGGGAAGUGGUCAAAGGAGCCCAUGGAGACCGAGAAGAACACUCCAAAAAGACAGGCAGCUUUGUUUUGAGCAAUACGGGAGAAAAACAUGGCACACUACAGCUGAAGCUGACAUUCUACAAUUAUGGCUUUUUUUUAAUCUUAUCCAUCAAUCUCCUGAGGCAUGGGCAUCCAUCCUGCAGAGGCUUUUUCUUUUUAGAAGGGGAAAAGUCGAAGCAGCCAGGAUGCAUCAGCGUGGUAUCAAGAUGGGUAAGCAUAAGGGUGAGCUCGUUCUAAUACAAGUCUGGAGGAGUAGGGUUCAAAUUGACGGAGUUGAAUCCUUUGUACCCAAGAUACGAAAUUCCUGCUGGAGAUGUCAUCGUAGCAGGGUCGAACGAGGAGAUGCCAAGCGAACAAGUUCAAUAUAUUAAGAAAGGAUCACCAAGAACGUUGAGAUGGAGUUACACGAGUUUGUCUUCACUCUUUUUCAAAAGCUUUCGCUAUUAUCGCUCUGGCUCAUCUUGCUCUGAAGUUCUACAUUGUCCUUCAAGACACGACUAAAUAAUCUUAAUUGUAUGGUAUUGAUGAAGUUGUGCUGCGUCAGUGGUCGUAAAAAAUGCUAAUGAAAAUGAAGAUGAAGGUGGUGCAACGGAAGGUAACCCGCAAGAUGGAGCAGGCGCCAAAGCAUCGAUCUGGAAAUGGCAAUCAAAGAAUGUUAAGGCCACUCUAGUUUUGCACCUCAUACUAUAAUACAUACUUUGGCAUACUUUGGUUUUCGUUUUGCACCUUAUAUAUACUAUAAUAUUAUAGGCUUAGGCUUACUUAGUUUGGCUUUACUUAGGAUGAUUUUCUCACGGAUGUCAUCGUGGCCAAAAGAAGCUAGUGACCACCAAUAAUUUACUAGAUCUCUUCUUGGUACUACUAUCUAACUACUCUUCUUUUUUCCAACAUUACCAUCUUCAUCGUCACCAUUCCCACCCUCUAAAUCAAGCGACCACAUCGAAGCCAAACUAGAGUGGAGUCCUCUGGUCCUUACAGUCGGGAUCAACGGCCAGACCUACGCGACAGUGAACAGGAGGAAUUUCCUCAAUUUCGAAAUUUACCGAUCUCAGACUGUGGUUAACAAGAACGUCUUUCCAGAGCAUGAGCAUGCUGUUAUGAUCUGAGUUUGGUCGAUCAUGACGAUGACCAAUCAUCUAGUACUACCAUUGAGUCAAGAAUAUGAAUUCUAGCUCUACCUCUUCGUUCCUCUAGUACUUAUGCUUAAUUUGUUAUGAAUGAAUUAGAAUUCCACCUAAAUAAAAGAACCACGUGGUCAUUUCUUACCACUACAUGGUUGUAUCUCGGUUAGUGUACAACCGAGUCAUCCACCACCAUCACAUCUAACAGGCACAAGGUUGUUGUGAAAGGUGGUACUUGGUAGUGAGUUCCAAACCACCAAUGUAAGUACCUAUAUUACCAGUAGUACCGACACUGAGUCACCCACCACCACAUGUAACAGACACAAGCUGAUCUAAGUAACACCCAUGUAACACCCUAUCAUCUGACACCCAUGUAUCACCCUAUCUCGGCUUACCACCACAUCUAACAGACACAAGCUGAUCUUUGAUUCGGCGAACCACCGACACGUGGACGAAGAGGGUCUCUGGGCUGAGAAUUUCCAUGCGCAUCGCGACCCUAAGCCUAGGGGUCCAGCGGCUUUGGGCGUCGAUAUCACCUUCAACGGGAAUGUUCAACACGUUUUCGGACUCCCAGAGCACGCGGACGACUUGAGCUUAAAGGAUCAUGGGUAUGGGGUGAAAAUAACAGAGUAUUUCGAUAAUGCUCAGAUGGAUCAUAAGGAAAAAGAUCAUUCAAUUAAGAUAAGAUGAAAACUACACAGGACUUCUGAUGAAUCAAGUGACCACCAAUUCAAAACUCUAAUCCCGGAACGAGCCCUACCGCCUAUUCAAUCUCGAUGUUUUCGAGUAUGAACUCAAUUCGCCAAUGGCGCUGUACGGUGCGGUGCCGAUGAUGUGGGGCUACGAGCAGAGUAGAAACACAGUCGCAGGUGUACUCUGGAACAACCCAUCUGAAACUUUUGUCAAGAUCGAUGGACAUAAUGAAAAUCAAGGCAAUACGUGGUUCGGCGGCGGAAAGAAAGAGUCGAUGAAGGGAUUUGAUACAUGGUAUUUCUAUUUGUAUUAAAAGAUGCUUCUAAAUAAUUCGGAGAAAAGACAUGAUGAAACUGAUGAAAGGAUUUGAUACAUGGUAAGUGGGAACUAAUUUCAGUUAGUGGGACCUCUAGCUCUAACAGCAUGUCAGUGUAGGUACGACUUUCUGCUCGUGGGACUAGCAGUCAACAAGAAGAUGAAGAUAUCUCCUUCAUCAAUUUCUUGAAACAUCUUUUCCUCCUUAGGAUUUCUUAAUAAUCUACCCGUACACCUUGAAUCGACCUUGAAAUACCCCUACCGACCACAGGUGGGUCUCCGAGAGCGGCAUUAUGGAUGUGUAUUUUUUUCCUGGUCCAACGGCUUCUGCGGUUUCGAACCAAUUUCACAUCCUAACCGGUAUGCCUGCCAUGGCUCCCGUAUUCUCCCUAGGAAAACACCAAUGCAGAUGGAACUACAAAAGCCAAGAUGAUUUGUUGGAGGUACCGCUACAGGACUCUCUGGCACAAAAUGAAGAUGUUUGUUGAUGAUCUUUCUUAGACAUUUUUUGUAUCCUUGUUGAUGUUAUCCAAGUCCACUAAUAUCGCUUGGCCUGUCUUUCUAUCAGUAUCACCCCCUGCAAGGUCCACGAUAAAUUUGAAUCCUACGAUAUCCCGUACGAUGUGAUUUGGCUGGACAUCGAACAUACGGAUGGAAAGAGGUACUUCACCUGGGACCACCACCAUUUCCAAGACCCUAAAAUGAUGACGGACAAGCUGACUGCACAAGUUAAGUCUUGUCUCCGUGAACGUAAUUCAUUAAUUCAUCUCAAGAAACAUCUUAUUUUGACGCAUUUAAUUUUGUUGAUGAACAAGAACUACAAAAACAAAGCGUGUCAUCAACAAUGGACUUCGACGAAGGUGCAUUUCUUGGAUAAGCUCACUCUAAGCAAAGACGAAAGUUAGUCACCAUCGUUGACCCGCAUAUCAAAAAGACUGAUGAUUAUUCAGUCUACACGCAACUCCGCGACGCCAAGGUGUUAACAGAAAAGCGCUCUUGGGCUUUUUCCGAGAAGGAGAUUGUUGUCAAUUAAGGACUUUUGCCACGUCACUACAUUCUUACACAUACAAUACUGGACUUGUUUUCCAAUAGGAAAGAAGUCACCGUCAGAGUGAGAAGAUGGUUUGAAGAAUGCAAUGUAGUUGCAGCCCCUAAGUCAAGAAGGAAGGAGCGGAAGAAAUUCCCCAGUUUAUCAAGGAUGCCAGUGUGACAGGUCCUCCCGCAGACUACAAUCCCCAAGAAGAUGGAGCCUGGGAACAUCCACUCUUAAGGCUGAGAAGCAUCACUUGAUGUGCGUUGAGUUCUUUCUCGUAGCACUUGAAUAGGAAUUAUAGAUACAACGACUUCAACAUCUGUUUAAGAUCAUACAUAAUUCUAAUCCUCGUCGCCAACCCCGCGUGGCAGCCGCCUCGCAAGGAGAGAACGAUUGACUAUGCUAAUUCCGAAGUCUCUACGUUCGAGGGCUGGUGCUGGCCCGGACAGAGCGUUUAUCCAGACUUCACGAACCCUAAAAUGCGAAGCUUGUGGUUAUGAGAUACGGUUUUCAUUUUCUUGCUUUUGCCUCUUAAUCUUGUUAAAUCUCUACUACUACUUCCCCAGCCCCGCCAAGUUUUGCUCUCGUUGAAGUUCACUUGCUUCUAGACUUGUCGCGUUCGAGAAGUAAACAUGUCCAGUACAACCUCCUCACUCUCUAAUCUCAUAGUCCUAGUCGUCACACUCUUUCACUUUCUCAAACUUCCUUCCCUCCACAACCACCUCUCUCUUCAUACCCUAGCAGUAACUUUGCCUUAUCCCAGUUUCCGGGAAGCACUUUGGACACCUAUACGUGGAACGAUAUGAAUGAACCUAGUGUCUUCAAUGGCCCUGAAAUUAGUGCGCCCAGAGACGCCGUGCACAUGGGAGAUGUCGAGCAUCGAGAUGUCCACAAUUUGUACGGAAUGUAUGUUCAUCGUGCGACCUUUGAAGGGCAUGUGGCGCAUAAGGAAGGGAGGAGGUAAUAAUAUAGAUGCAUAUAAUGUUUCCUCUGGUCUAUACUCAAUAGGUAGAGUUGUUCUAAGUGUUGUACGUGGUUGUCCAUGUUUAUUCAUAGGUAGAGUUGUACGUGGUUGGUGUGGUCGCACAACUGGCUGCAAGAAGCAGUAGAAGUCCAUGCGAUGCCGAAUCUCAGCUAUCAUAAGUAAGUACACAUAAUCAUAACUAGAUAGCAAUAUCGAUCAAGGCUGAAGAGUAGUUCUCUCCAAAUUGACACCCUUCCUAUCCCAACCUCAAUCAAACAGACCUUUCGUUCUCUCGCGUUCGUUCUAUACUGGAAGCCAUCGUUGGGGAGCUAUCUGGACAGGAGACAACCUGGCAGCUUGGUCUCAUCUCACGAUUUCAGUACCCAUGGUCCUGUCCCACGCACUUGGAGGAAUCAGUUUUAUUGGUACAAGAACUAAGUAUUCUUUACUAUUACUUUUUAUUACUUUUUGUCUUCAAUCAUAAAGAAACUAAAUACUUUUUAUUACUACUUUUUUUCUUCAUCUCUUAUUCUUUCAGAUUCAGUUUCCUUAUUUACUUUUUCUCAAUGAUCUAGGUGCUGACGUUGGAGGAUUUUUCAAGAACCCGGAUCCAGAACUGAUGGUCAGAUGGUAUCAGUUCGGCGCUGUCGCCUAUCCAUUUUUCCGCAAUCAUGCCCAUAUUGAGACUGCUAGAAGGGAGCCCUAUUUGCUGCAAAAAGCGAAUCUGUUGUUGGUGAAACAGUUAUGUUGAAAGGAUAAGUGUCUCUCUCUCUCUUGUACAACUGACUAUGAUGUUUCGGUCGUCUUCUUGCCCACAAGGAACCAGAUCAACAAUUAUGAUUGCUUUCUUUAUUCUCUCCCUCUACUCCUCCCUAGUACAUCUUCUACAUCUUCUCCUCCCUACAUCUUCUCCAUCUUCUCCUCCCUACAUCUUCUCCUUCCCGCCCGUCCGCCUUCAUUUCCCGCCAUCCGAUUGAGGUAUCAGAUUUUGCCUUACUACUACACGUUGUUCCACCAGUAUCACACAGAGGGGACGGCUAUUAUUCGACCACUCUGGCACGACUUUGGUUCGGACUCGAAGGUUUUCUUGCCAGAAAACCUCAACUACGAACUAAUGGUGGGAGAUGCGCUGUUGACGCGCGUCGUAGACAAGCCGAAUCAGGUCGAAUGGAAGGUGUAUUUGCCAGGCGGAGGAGAUGUUAUGAAGCUUGUUGUAUAUAAUUUGAAACAGUGCCUCGAUCGUCUGGCAUCAUGGAUUCGGCACUAUCGUCCAUAUCUACUUGGCAUCAAGUACUUGCUGUUAUCUACAACUUCUAAUCCGCACAUCUCCGGUAGUUCCGCUCCCAUGUGGUACUGCUGGUACACUUUCGAACCGCUGAAGGGUGGCGCAAGCUACGCCUUCGACGUCCGUGGGAAUGUGCCUUUGGUCGUCAAAGGUGGGUCUAUGGUGCCGACCAAAUUCCGUCAACGACGCUCCGCAGCCCUCCAAAAGCGGGAUCCGUUUACGCUGAACUUCUUCGUGGACCCACAGAGCGGAACCGCGAGUGGCAAAAUCUACGUCGACGACUACGAUUCGAUGGAAACGCCUAGCAGUUUGAUGGAGUUACGAAAUGCAAUUUCUGCGUCUUGAACGUCUUCACUGGUGUUUGAUAUUAAUAUCACACAGUAACAUAACUGCCUCCAUGUUCGUUGAUUGAAAAUGCACAUAACACAUAAGUACCUAAUCCUUAUCCAACGUCUAUUUCGGUGAACAUGCGAAAUGCAAUUUGUGCGUCUUCACGGUGUUUAAUAUCACACAGUAACAUAACUGCCGUACAAGAAACACGAAAUGCAACUUGUGCGUCUUGAAGACUGGUGUUUAAUUAUAUCACACAGUAUUAACAUAAGUAACUGCCGUACAAGAAACUAAUUUCGGAUGUAGUCAUCUAAGGUUUGAUCGUAGUAGGUAUGACAAAAGCCACCUAUUCUUUUUUUUCUAAUAUCCGCAAGAAUUGACGUCCACCGUAAGAAGGAUGAGCAAGACACAAGUCUUCUUCUCGCUACUUUGAGUGGAAAAGUAGUGAAAAGCCAUCGAAUUGCAGAACUAGAGGGCGUCCUUGGCGCAACUGGAUCAGGCAACCAAGGUCUCUUAGUCGAACGCAUUGUGGUGUGCGGCAUGGGCUCAGAACGAGUACACGCUUUGAGGCAAGUCGAAGUGCAGUAUGCUGGUGGAGAAGGAAAUUAUGUUGAAUAAAUUAAAAUUGGUUUUGGCUUUCAACAGAGGCCUCAAGAACUCUUCUGCUCAAUGAUCCUUGUGAGUGAAUUUGUUCAUUAACCACGAAAUGAAAAACACUAUUGCUAUCAGACUAGUGGCUAGGCAGAGAACAGGUUCUCUGUGACUCAUCUCAAAUUGAUUACUUCCUUCCUAAUCUUCACUGGCAUUUGCUAUCCGACAUGCACAGAAAGUUGUAAUUAUAAGCCUAGCACCCCAACCUCUAAGCUGCAGUCGAGCCUUUGGAGUUCCGAGUCGACCUAGCAGACGUGGUGAUCAUCAAGCUCCCAAAGGUAAGAGUGGAUAAGGACUGGACGAUUCGCCUGACUAGUGAGGAGACAGAAGGGUGGAUGGAAAGGGUGAUAUGAGAAGAUCAGGAUAGAGAUGGAGAUACCCUCUGGAUGGAGGAAACAACCAUGUUGAGAAGAAUGGACAAUAAAGAUGGGGGUGUUGCAUGUGAAUGUAAGUAACUACCAGCAAGCGCAACCCACGAGAAUAAGGGAGGUGGUAGUACCAAUAUUUGUUUCUGUGAUGUGUUAUGAAAAAUAUGGGUCGUAAGCCUAAGCUUUCACAAUCGACCCGAUUUUUUAACAUAAGCAAUUUCAAAGACAGAAAACAUGAUAAGUACUCAAAAGACCAAUUUGAUACCGAAAGCAUUUCAAUAUCAUUUUCAAGGAGAUUCGAGAAUAUACCUCAGAGUAGUAUGUUAACUAGCAACGCAUUCCAAAAGAAUGUUAAUAACGUUGUAGCACGACAUACGCACGCGAAAAGCUCUAAGAAUCUUCUUCUGAAGACCGACAUACGCAUCCGAAGGCGUACAGGAUCCUAGAAAUUU